AUGAGCAAUAGUCAGCUUAGCUCCACCAGCACCAUGACAACCAGCCGCUCUCGGUCGCCAUUGCUCGAACUUCAAGCGGAGUUUCGGAACGAGAUCUUCAAACAGGUCCUGCACGGUGAUGAUGGCACCUUCUCGCCGCUCGCGUUCGGCUACAUGAACCGUACAGCACUCAUGCGUAUCUGCAAGCAGAUCUCUCAAGAGACCACCAGCAUCUUCUACAGCAGCCUCACAUUCGUUUUGGCCAACAAAUUCUGGCGAAGGGAAGAGUUUAAGCUAUGGCUUCGCAGUCUCGUUAAUCUGCACGCCAGUCUUAUACAGCGGCCCAUUCGUGCCGAGGGCUCUCGUGGUGCUUGUCCGUACACUGCGUCUCCAGAUGGAAGGAAGGAGCCUGUCAUCCUAGAGGUGAACCCAACUGCGUCUGCCACGCAUCAUCGGAUGUCUCCGCUCUCAGGAAGGCUGGUGUGA